AGAACCAGAAACCGUGUCAGUCGCGCGUGUUUGCCGUGCCAUUCCGCGAAACGGAAAUGCAACAAGGCCCGGCCAUGUUCACAAUGUCUGAAGCGGCAAAUUACCAGCAAUUGCAUAUACGAGAGCGUCACAGAUGCCGACCUGGAAGCUUUGGAAGCGGCUGAUCCUGGUCUCCUAUCUGAAAACCAAGUUCUGCGCUCACGGGUGGGAGAAUUGGAGACGGCCAUUGCAGCACUGCGC